AUGGAACAAUUCGCACAAGUAGAACGCCAAUUGUUGGAUCAAUCCGAACGAUUGAUUUCGCAGGAAGAGUACCUCGCGUGGGAAGAACGGUGCAACGAGUGUAUCGAAUCUUUGGAAGAACACAGCCGCGUGAAACGCCCGCGAUUAUCGAUCGGUGUUCGACAAUCGUUGGUUGCUCGAAUCGCGCGACUCGAAGGAUUGAAACAUUUGGUGCGCAGACGUUUCGCGCGUGAAGGUGCCGGACAUUCGAGUACGGGACUUUUGUGGCGUGAAAUACACACUGCGUUCGAUACUCGCGUAUUAACAGGUGUCAUCCUAAAUUCGAAUUAUAUCGAACCGCGCAACUUCCUCCAGGAUGCAGAGACCAUUGUGCUGGAGCAUGUUCGGGACACUUUGAGGAAACAUCGAAACCUCAAAGUGAACACGGUGUUCAACGGCGAAUUUGUGGCAGGUGACAAGCAUGCUUGUAAAAGCAUCAACACCCAAAACUGUGAACUCUUCCACACAUCCGAUCUGCAGGAGUGGUACCAGCGAUGCGUCGUCGAAUCCACCCUGGCAUCGCUGGAAGAGUUCCAGGAACGCGACAGCGGAUGGGCAUUGGCGAGAAUCAUGAAUCUGACCGUCAAUGUCAAUAAGUAUAAUCCACUCCGCGCGGGGUGUCACUUCAAGUUGCCGCGAGAAAUCAUGCUGAAGAGGGCAACAAUAAGCAUACAAUCCUCGGACAACGCAUGUUUCGCGUGGGCAGUUGUCGCAGCUCUUCAUCCAGCAACAAAAUAUCCUGAACGUCCAGGUUCAUACCCGCAGUAUACGUCGAUCCUAAAUCUCCAGGGCAUUGAGUUCCCAAUGUCUCUGGGGUAUAUUGGGAAGUUUGAACGGCUGAACGACAUCUCCGUCAAUGUCUACAGCUUCGAGGAGAAGAUGAAGAAGGGGCCAACAGUCUUCCCGCUGCACCUCACCAGCCAGAAGAGGGAUAGACAUGUAAACUUGCUUUACACGCCGAAUCAAGAGCACGGCGAUGUAGGGCACUUUGCAUGCAUUAAGGACUUGUCCAGGCUGGUGGGCAUGCAGCUGAGCAGGCACAAAGCCAAGAAAUUCAUCUGCGAUCGAUGCAUGCACUACUUCGGAUCUACCGAGAAGUUGGAGGUGCAUUCGCUGGACUGCGGGCAGAUAAACAACUGCGCCAUUCUGCUGCCCAGCGAAGGCGACAAUCUGCUCAAUUUCAGCAACCACGAUAGGAAGGAGCGGCUCCCUUUCGUGGUAUAUGCAGAUCUGGAGUGCAUCAUCGCAAAAACGUUGGACAACCAAACGGGUGAUAAUAAAUUACAUACAUAUCAACACCACAAUGUACACAGCAUUGCAUAUUAUAUGCAUUGUUCAUAUGAUACAUCACUGUCGAUGUAUCGAUGUCGCCGCGACACAGAUUGUGUUUCAUGGUUCGUCGACGAACUUAAAAAUUUUGCAAACUUUGCCAAACCUAUUCUUACCAGUAAUGUUCCCAUGCUGGAUUUAACUCCCGAACAGUUGACGACAUUUCGCAAUGCAGCACAUUGUCAUAUUUGCGAAGAACCAUUCAAGGCUAGCGAUGUACGAGUUCGCGAUCAUUGCCAUCUGUCCGGACGGUUCAGAGGCCCAGCACAUUCGGAGUGCAAUUUAAAUUAUAAAAAUGUGUUUUACAUCCCCAUAGUUUUCCAUAAUUUAUCCGGCUAUGAUUCGCAUUUCAUUAUCGAGGAAAUAGCUACCGCUUUCGAAGGUCACAUUGAUGUAUUACCUAUAACUAAAGAAAAAUAUAUUUCUUUCACAAAACAUGUUGAAGAUACGGAUGAAUCAGACUCGCAAAAUUAUAUUAAAUUACGAUUCAUCGAUUCAUACAAAUUUCUAAAUACCAGUCUCGACAAAUUAGCAUCUUUACUUAACACAGAUCAAUUAAAAAUUUUGCGAUCCCAAUUUGGAACAUUAUCCACUGAAGAUUUCAAUUUAUUGACGCGAAAGGGUGUCUUUCCAUAUGAAUACCUUGAUUGCGCGAACAAGCUGCAGGAUCCAUGCUUACCACCGCGCGAGUCAUUCUACA